AUGAAAGGACAGAAAGGAGAGCAGAACAAACUCCUAUCAGGAGGAGAAUCACUCAUGGCCUAUGAGACAGAGGAUCAUGAGACUCAAUACUGCUUUCCUGCCAUCAAUUCAUCGUGUAUCAAGGGGAAACGCUCCAAUCAUGAAUACAAUAUCAUGUAUAUGUUUUUUUCAUUGCUGUCAGCAUGGACUGUGUUUCUGAACCUGCUGGUGAUCAUCUCCAUCUCGCACUUUAAGCAGCUUCACACUCCAACAAACCUGAUUAUUCUCUCUCUGGCUGUGGCCGACCUGCUUAUUGGACUAAUUGUGAUGCCCAUAGAGGGCACUAGGCUGAUUGAAACAUGCUGGUACUUUGGAGACACUUUAUGUAGACUGUUUUUAAUAAUCAUGGGACUGCUCUUCUCAGCAUCUCUCAGUAAUUUAGUAUUAAUUGCUGUUGAUCGUUAUGUGGCUGUGUGUCACCCUUUAAUGUACCCACAGAAAAUAACCACAACUAAAACUUUAUUUAUUGUCUGUCUUUUCUGGGUUUGCUCUUCAGCAUAUAACAUUGCAAUAGUUAGGAGUGUCUCACACAAAAAGUAUGCAUGUUAUGGAGAAUGUACAAUUAUGAUAACUUUUGACUGGUCAGUCACUGAUCUGUUCUUGUCUUUUUUGUUCCCUUGUACCCUGAUCAUAACUUUAUAUUUGAGGAUAUUUUAUGUUGCACAUCAGCAAGUGAAAGUUAUAAACUCUUUGAUGAAGGGUGGAAAAUGUGUAAUGGAAGGUUCAGUGAGGAGGAAAUCUGAGAGUAAAGCUGCUCUGACAUUAGGAAUCAUUGUCACAUUUUAUCUAUUUUGCUGGAUUCCUUUCUUUAUUUUGUCCCUAACCGAAAACACAGAAAUGGCUUCUACCACGGCCUAUAUUCUAUUGUGGAUACUGUAUAUUAACUCAGGUCUGAAUCCUCUUAUCUAUGCUUUCUUUUACCCCUGGUUUAGAAUGUCAGUUAAACACAUCUUAACUCUUAAAAUAUUCCAGCCAGCAUAA